AUGUCAUUGCAGGGCUGUGUGAUCUCUGAGGACGUGUUUGUGUACUUCUCGUGGGAAGAAUGGAUGCUCCUUGAUGAUUCUCAGAGACUUUUAUAUCAGGAUGUGAUGCUCGAGAACUUUGCACUUUUAGCCUCACUGGGAAUUGCACCCUCCACAUCACGCUUAGUUGCACAACCAAAGCAAAGGGAAGAUCCCUGGGUGCCUGACCGGGUGGAUGUGACCCCAGCCACAGAAAGAGAGGCUCAGAAGGGACCUGGACCUGAGUCCAGCAUGCGUGUCAGCAACGCUUCUCUGGUUUCAGGUUGUUGGUGUGCAGUGGGGGAUAAUGAUACAUCCUCUGUCUCCUCAGAAGGAGUGUCCCGGGUCAGGACUCCUGAGGCAGGUGCGAAGACCCGCCCACGUGACAGCUCUGGCUCAGCGUUGAAAGAAAUCUUAUACCUGACUGAACGCCAGCAGGGAGAGGCCAGGCCGAAGCCGCCCGCACGGGGGGCGCGCUGGAAGCAAUGGUGGCUCAGUGCCAGCCUCCAUCAGCACCAGAAGCAGCCCGCUGGAGAGAGGCCCUUCCGAAGAGGUGAGGGCAGGGCCUCCGUGAAAAGCUGCAGACCCUACGUGUCAGAGAAGACCUCCAUGUGCACGGAGGGUAGGAUGGACUUGCCAGCCCCCUCUGGCCUUCCUCAGCACCAAGUCCCCUGCAUGCCUUUGAAGCCCUACAAGAGCACCGGGCUUGGCGGAGCCCUUCACACUGGACAGAGGCAUCACAGGUGCACUGAAUGUGGGAAAGUGUUCACCCGCAAAGACACGCUUACGCGGCACCAGAGAAUCCAUACUGGAGAAAGGCCUUAUGAGUGCAGUCAGUGUGGGAAACUCUUUAGCCAAAGCUGUGACCUUUUCAAACACGAGACCAUACACACUGGAGAAAGGCCGUAUGAGUGCCGCGAAUGUGGGAAAUUUUUUAGACAAAUCUCUGGCCUCAUUGAACAUAGGCGAGUUCACACUGGCGAAAGACUCUAUCAGUGCGGCAAUUGUGGAAAAUUCUUCAGUAGUAAGUCUAACCUCAUUAGACACCAAGAAGUUCACACAGGAGCAAGGCCUUAUGUAUGCAGCACAUGCGGGAAAGAGUUCAGCCGCAAACACACGCUCCUUCUGCACCAGAGAACUCACACUGGAGAGAGACCUUACGAGUGCAGUGAGUGUGGGAAGGCCUUUAGCCAGAGCUCUCACCUUAACGUGCACUGGAGAAUUCACAGCAGUGAUUAUGAGUGCAGCAGAUGUGGGAAAGCCUUUAGCUGCAUCUCUAAACUCGUUCAGCACCAGAAAGUUCACUCUGGAGAAAAUCCUUACGAGUGCAGCAGGUGUGGGAAAGCCUUCACCCAGAGGCCGAAUCUGAUCCGGCACUGGAAAGUUCACAGUGGAGAGCGGCCUUAUGUGUGCGGCAGAUGUGGGAAAGAGUUUAACCGCAAACACACACUUGUUCUCCAUCAGAAGAUUCACACAGGAGAGAAGCCUUAAUACUGCAGCAAAUGUGGGAGAUCCUUUAGUCAAUGCCCCAACUUAUAGUUCAUUUGAGAAUUCCCAGCAGGGAUCGUGUGUGCAUCGGACAUAGGACAGCCUUCACCCAAAGACUAAACCGUUUUCAGCACGGGAAAGUCUACCCUGGACAAAGGCCUCAGCUGUACAGCGAAUGUGCUGUCUCCUCAUUCAGCCUGACUGUUUCCCCAGAGUGAAGCUCUGAGAGUAGGCUUUGUGAGGGAGCCAUCAUUCACAAGUCGUAGCUCACACUUGUGCACAUCUACGCUGGGGAGAUUCCUUGAGAGCGCCUGGUAUGUGAGGUGCGUUCGGGAGCUGUGUUGCACAUUGUAAACUGCUGAGCCCCUUUGCCAGUGGCAAAGCCGCCCUACCGUUACCAUCUGGCAAAGCUCCACCGUGUGUGUCUGUCGCUUCAGCAUGCUCAGGCAGGCAGACCUCUGUGCUGUCUCCACAGUCCCUUGCAGUCGUGUUUGGCCUCCACGGACCAUCAGGGGCCUCAUUUCCUUCCUUUUGUCUGGGUUAGGUGUGGAAAGAGUUGGCUCACGAGAUGGGUUUUCCAGGAAGCUUGCAAAGGUUUGUCUUCAUGGACUUUUUGAUCUCGUGUCAUGCUCUCUGUGGAUGUCUACGGUCUCACGUCAUCCAGCCCCGGAACUGCAUGCCUCUCGUUGCUCAUGUUUGUACAAUAAUAAAAUGCUUAUUCUUUCAGCCAUUUUUAAUCUUGAGGGUUCUGUUCAUUGUGUGGGGGUGUGUUGAGGACAUAGUUGUGUUCUACCAACAUGAAAGGAUCAAGUUUAUGGGAGCCCCCAGUUUUCCAUGUCUCAGAGAGGACAGUGUGAUGGCAGAGAAAAGCUCUCAUUCCAGGUUUGGCCUAAUUUGUGC